AUGAAGACCUUAAAAUUAAUGCUCGUUUGUCUUUCUAGACCGUGAUCUGGACACAGUUCAACUUUCCUCUUGGUUUACACUUGUGAAAAGCAAGUUCUUACUCUUCUACAUUAAUUAUAUAUACUGAAGAGCCAGUAGUGGUUCCAAUUACGGAUACGGCUUUACCUUAAAGAGAAAAGCUAGCUACUUUUCUAGCACUCUUUAAAGGCAUCAAGCUUUCUAUCAGAAAAUGAGUUGGCAACACUUUUUGUUCGUACUACCGUAGUUGUAAGGAGUCUGUCAACCACCGUACAACUUGGAUCUGUGGCAGGCUGCUGGGGUCACAGUUUGUUCCUAAUGGCCGAAAUGGGAGAAGGAAGUUCAGGCAGUGGCCAGACGGGUGAAGAUGAAGCCAGCAUGCCUUGGAGCUCUCUGGAUCCUACUGGGAGCUCGGCUGAUAGUCCUCUGGCAGAUGAUGAAUGCAGUCAACCGGGACCUUCAGGAAGGAAAAAGCCUCGCAAAAUGAUGAAUAUUAGGGAAGCCCUAAUAAGAAGUGGUGCAUACAGAGCAAGAGUGCGGGGAAAUGCCGAAGAAAAGUCUGAAUCGUCAUAUGAAUCAAGGAGGAAAAUACCCAGGCUUGAUGAGGCUAGCGACAUUGGUGGAAGCGGAGAUCAAGGUCUAGAGCUUGAUGGAGAUGGAGGUGGUGGUGGAGGUGGGGGAGGCAGUGACGGAAGCCAUGGAGCAGGCGGCGGUGGGGAGGACCCCUUUGUUAAUCCAGAAGCCAGAUACGACGUUCCAAACCCGGGAGCUGACCUGCUGUUGGAACAGAAUGAGGAGACUGGCUUGACGCGUUGGUACCCUCAGGACCCCUACUCACUGUUGUCUGAUGAUCGUGAUGAAAUUGAUUACAAAGUCAUUGGUGAACUCUAUAAUACUGUACAUAUCGAUCAGUAUUUCAGAUCUCGGAUGCAGGGUGAUUUUGUAAAAACAUAUUUAAAUCGUGGUGGCAGAGAAGGGAAUUUCAAAGGGUACUUCUUCAGAACACGAAGUGAUCAACAGCCAAUGCAUAACAAGUAUGGCAAUGUGAGUUACGUCAUUUCAUUUAUGUCUAUGCUGGAAUUCUGCGUUUCAAAUGGCUUGAGGGCCUUUAACUUCCUGGAUGUAUGUCAGACGAAAGACGAAUGUAAAGCCCGGUAUUUGAUUACUGACAGAGCGCAGAAACUUUUUGAACACCAGUGGGAAUACAACAGCUUAAUUUACGGUGGGGCCUGGUACGCAAUUCAGACUCGUAUAGCAGUGGAACACAAGUACGCCAGUUACAUUAGAGAGUUUAGGAAGGUGCGUGAUUAUAGUACUCCAAACGAACUGGAAUUCUUCGUGGCCAUCAGAGAGGAGCUGAGUCAACAACUCUUCGCCAGUGUUAGAAUUGAAGCCGAAGACCAUAGUGAAGCUAAUAAUGAGGAUAAUUGUUAUAGGUACCGAACAGGCCAGAGUGAUGACUGGACAGUGUGUCCCUAUCCUUAUACCAAGUUCGGUUGUCUGCGUGAAAUAAGAAGUUCCAUUUAAGAUUAGCUAGGCGUACUAAAACUCCCGGGUAGUUCAUUUAUACCAUCUAAAAUUCUCGCUCUCCCCUGGCAGUCGCACACAAAAGUUCAUGGUUUACCAUUUUAGGUGGAAGUCGGUUAAAUGCUUUCUUUGGAAAUAUUAUUUUAAACGAGAACUUAGGACUUUUUGUAUAGUAUAGUCAGGAUAAUUUUACGCUUUUUUUCUAAAUAUCGAAAUAGAAUAUGUUGGUAACUAGAGAAAAAAAAUGUAUUAAAUUGCGUUGCGAAUGUAGCCUUGCACAUAUUUUACUCUGAAACAUGUCUGAUGUGUUAUUUUUUAUGAAAUAAAAGCUGCAACAUAAGUAUUAAAAUGGUAUUUAUUUUAAAACAUUUUAAUUACUUUCAAAGUGGGCUACAGUUCUUUGGUUUUAAAGCCAGAUUUGUACUAGAAUAUAGCUGUUAAUUGAAACUUUAAUAUCUCUUAAACAUAAACGAUUAUAGAUUUAAUAAACUCUUGAAAUAAAAUUCUUUUUAAUCCUUGGUUUCAACCUUGUUUUGACUGAUGGCAGUUCAUGUACAUACCAAAAUCCUUUGUACAUUUGUGUAAACGGGUAUCGUGAAUGGAAACUUUUUCAUGAAUAAAUUCAGUCUUUUAUACAAUA